CGCUGAAAGCCUGCACAGUGGCACGCGGGUCAGAGUGAGCGAGGGGAAUAACGGCCGACAAAAGAGGGAGGACAAGCUCAGACUUAGAGAGUUAGUGGUGAGCGAAACGUGAGCGAAAGCGCUAUAUCGCUUAGGACUGAAGAGGAAAAGAAACGCUAAGAAGUGGAUAAUCAAGUGAAAGACUAGAAGAACCAAGAGAAAGAGGAAACCUGCGCUAAUUCCGAGAAAGAGAGAGAGAGAGAGAGAGAGAGAGCGCCCCAGGGACUGAAGGCGCAACGAAUGGGGCGGAUUGGCAGAGAAAGAAAGUGAAAAACGUUGGGUAUUUUUGCUUGAUUAACGGGAACGUUCGCGCUUCAUUGUGGAUCUGAACCUUAAAACAAACUUCACGCAUCUGAAAGGAAUUACUGCACUUGGCAAAUAUGGAACUAAAAAGGCAUUUUGUUCGUAUCGGUUUGCUCUUGGUUGUGUCAUUGGUCCAGGCUGAGCCACACUGUCAUAUGGGGUACCAGAAAAAUGGCACUCAAUGCACAGACGAGGACGAGUGUCAGAAUGAGGACGGUCUGUGCGGCAACUAUUCAAAGUGCCACAACACCAAGGGCAGCUACUACUGCACCUGCCAUCAGGGGUUCACCUCCAGGACCCCCAACUUCACCGCCGUCAGUGGCCAGUGCAAUGACAUUAACGAGUGCAACGUGAAACGCUGUCUGGAGAAUAUGAAAUGUGUGAACACGAUUGGCUCUUAUAAAUGCGUUUGCUCACCUGGUUACAAGAAAUCCACAGAAUCGGAUGCGUGUGUCGACAGUGAUGAAUGCGAGAUAGCGCCCUCUGUGUGUGAACAUGGCAUUUGCAGUAACACACCUGGCACAUUUACCUGCUCUUGCCCCCAGGGGUUCCGUAACCAAGGCAACAGCAGCGCCCCUUGUAUAGAUAUUGACGAGUGUGACAGUGAAGAACAUGUUUGCGGGGAAAAUGGUGUCUGCUCCAACUCUGUUGGCAGCUACCAUUGCCAGUGCAACCAUGGUUACAGUAACUAUGGAAAUAACCAAACCAAAUGCACAGAGCUGAAAUGUGAGAGAGCCAACAGCACUUUUGAACAGGCAGACAUAGUGAUGAGUAGAUUGCUUAGUAUGCUCAUGUCGACAUGUCAGUCACUGAGCAGCCAGAAAGAACAACAGCCCACAGGAAAAGAGCAUACAGGAGAGACCUUACUGAAGGAGCUGCUCAAUGUGUCUGAGAUGGUGGUGCGGGGUGGAGUUCUUGACCAGAGCGUCGCUCUGAACACCUUCCUGGGAGUCGUGGAGGACACAAUGCACCUGAUCAGCCCACAGCUCAACCAGCCCCUAACCAAGAUCCACAACAACGUCUCUGAGGUGUGGCUUGCAGUGAGGAAGGAGAGAACUCCACCCAAUGGGAGUGUCCUACUGAGCAUGGAUGAUGUGCACCUUAAUAUCAGCUGGGAAACAGCAGUGGGAGCCUCAUAUCCAGGCUAUGCCUACGUGGCUCUGCUGAGCUAUAAGGGUCUGAACUCCAGUGGCAGCUCGGUGCGGGUGAGUGAGGAGCUGGAGAAGGAUCAGAAGAAUGCCACCUACCAGCUGAACUCCCGCAUGGUCACCGCUCUCGUCAGUAACCCCGACACCCAGACGCUCGCUCAGCCUGUGACCCUCACCUUCAAACACCUGCAGGAGGGGGCAGUGUCUGAGGAGUUGAACUACAGCUGCGUGUAUUGGGAGGAGACGCCAUCCGGAGGGGUGUGGUCAGGGCGUGGCUGCAUGAAGGCGGAGCUUAAUUCCACGCAUGCCGUGUGCACCUGGUCCCACCUGAGCAGCUUCGCUGUUCUCAUGGCCCUAUAUCCUAUCAAGGAGUCGUUCGAGCUGGUGUGGACCACGCGGGUGGGGUUGGCCGUGUCUCUCGUCUGUCUGCUCGUGUGCAUCUUCACCUUCCGCUUCUGUCGCCCCAUCCAGGGCACUCGCACCACCAUCCACCUCCACCUGUGUGUCUGCCUCUUCAUCGCCGACCUCCUCUUCCUCUUCUUCAUAUCCAGCACCAGCAACAAGGGAGCGUGUGCGUUUGUAGCCAGUCUUUUACAUUUUUUCUUCCUGGCUGCGUUCUGCUGGAUGCUGUUAGAGGGGGUGCAGCUCUACCGGAUGGUGGUCCUGGUGUUCCACACCACUCUCCGGCCGCUCUACAUGUUUGCCGUGGGUUAUGGAGUCCCCCUCGCCAUCGUCGUGAUCUCCGCUGCCGCCUUCUCCCAGGGAUAUGGAACGGACCGCCAUUGCUGGCUGUCUCUGGAGGAAGAUUUCAUCUGGAGUUUCUUUGCCCCUGUUUGCAUUAUCAUCAUCCUCAACAGUUUCUUCUUCGUGAUUACUAUCUGGAAACUGGCAGGAAAAUUCUCCACGCUCAACCCAGACUUUUCCAAACUGAAAAAGCUGAGGAGUUUUGUGGUAACUGCUGUAGCCCAGCUGUGUGUUCUGGGGGGGAUGUGGGUUUUUGGCUGCUUCCUGUUCCAGGAACAGGGCACACUGGUGAUGUCAUACCUCUUCACCUUACUCAACAGCCUGCAGGGGGCGCUCAUAUUCAUCAUGUACUGUCUGAUGAGCAAAACGGUAAGAGAAGAAUAUAGCAAGCUGUUUGGCACUGUCUGCAAAUCACAGAAGAAGAGAUACUCUGAAUUCAGCACCAACCAAUCCAGCAACAGCCAGCAACCCCUCAAGAGUAUGCAGAGCACGGGGGAGUCGGAGAUAUGAUGCAUUUACCACACCACAACAGGGCUUCGCCUAGGUUACACAUUUUCAAGCUGUAUGUCAUUUUCCUUCAACGAGAAAGCCUCCUCAACCAACAGCUCUUCCACACAUAGCCGCUCUCAAUGCUAAGGCUCCAAAGAUCAAAGAUCUUUGUCCCAUCCAAUGGGUAUGGAGCAGGAGGGCCAUGUCUCUGCCCUGUCCAAUCACAUUACUUCUAGAGUGGGGGUCAUUAGCUGUACAUGUGGUCAAUAAAAGGAAGACAAUUGUUAGGUUACUAUUUGAUAUAGUUGGACAAAUGGAUUUGUGUCUCAGCCAUCAUCCUAAUGAACUGGGAAGAUUUUGGAAGGAUCCUCAUCCUCUCAUGGUCACCGUGAGAAACUGAAGCCAUUUAUGUCCAUCCCAAAUCAACAGACUUGGACAGCUCGAGAAGAUAGCUCACACCUUUCUAACCUAAAUGGAAAAGCCUUUUCCUUUUCCGAAUUGUGGGAAAUCACCUAGUGCAAAUAUAUUGGUGAUAAAAAUAUAUUGGAAGAUGUAUUAUUUCAUUCACACACAAAAAGUGUGUGGUGAACCAGAGGAGCAGUUACUUUCUUUUAAUACUUCUGAGUUGAACAGUUGAGAAUAACUGCAUUGUGUGCUAAAAUGAUAUUAAAGGUACUCUUUAUAAAGCAGAAGGCAUCCUUAAACACAGACAAGCUUUUAAGUGCUUCUGUGAAUUCACAAAUGUAUUUAUUUCAAAAAGGGGUCAAAUAUAUACCCAUAUUAGGAAGAUGGGUGCGCCAAAAUUUUCAUGAAGGAUUAUUGAUACAGAUUUUGUUCUACGUUACUUUGCUAGCUGGCUAAGAUAUGUUACAGAAGCAAAACCAUCACUGUUGGUCAAAGUGUAACUUUUUUUUCUUCAUAUGCUACUGGAAAUGUAUGUAACAUGCAUCUUCUGUUACCUGUCUAAAUACUCCCAAUACCUCCUAUAUUGUUGUGCUAUGUGAACAGGUAAAUUGUAUAUAGAUAUCAGUGGGAAAGAAGUUCCUGAUUAGCACAGAUAAGCACUUCCUGAACACUUCCUGGAAGAUCCUGCGUUUGUUUUCGCUUCAGUGAUGUUUUCAAAUGGAACGUUUCUUUUCUUCUAUUUCAGUUAAACACUUUGUCCAAAAGCACUUUCAUUCUUUGUGAAGUCAGAAUCCCGUUUUUUUUUUUCUAUUGAUAAUGACGAUGAAUGGAUGUAACAUUUAAGUAUAGAUUUGCUGUUAUGUCAUGUUUUCAACACUGUAUUGUGUCUUCUGGGGGGGUCACCAGUUUUUGUAGGUCUUUUUGUACUGGGUUGCUGGCUUUGCAGCACUACAGGCCUUGGAUCUUUUGGCUUUGUUUCUCAGUAGGGAACUUAAUGGAGAAUGGUUGCAGUAAUUCUGAUCCCAGAUCAGGUACUGCUGCUUACUCCAGUCUUAAUUAAAAAAGUAUGAGCAAGCAUAA